AGUCGGUCAGGGCAGAGCUUUACGUGUCCGUGUGUGGGACUGCAUUUUCCAGUUUUAUUAAUGGAUCAUUUGUGGAGCAGAGUAAAGCACGUAGACCAAACGUUUGCGAAGAACUGGAGUAAAGAGAUCUGGCGGACUGACAGCAAAGCGAUAUAGGGUUUGUGUAGAUCUUAGUGUAGCCUUUUUCUCUGGCGAGGAAAAACGACGAGGAGAAGCAUAAAUACAGUAAAGAGGACCGGUGCACGAAGGACGAUUAGGAAGUAAAAAAAAAUUAUAAUAACACGAGAAAGUUUAUUGCUGAUACAUGAUGCAUGGAAAGAGGAGGUGGAUGAGUUAGACUGAGCCCACAGCACACAGUAUUUUACUAGAUUCUACCAACCACUGGAGUCAUGUUUAGGAACAGCCUGAAGAUGCUGUUGGGGGGGAAAGCCAACCGGAAGAGCCGUAACAGCAGCGAUGGAGGAAGUGAAGAGGUCAGCGACCUACGGAGUGCCAGCUUAGAUCCUCACCACAGUUUCGGCGGUCAAGGUAGCAGCAUCGACAGCGAGUGUGCCUUCGAGGGAGACUACGACGUGCCACCUCUUUCCAUGGCUGAGGGUCUGCAGCACAUGCGCAUCAUGGAGGGGGUGUCUCGCUCCCUCCCUUCCUCUCCUCUUCUCGCACAUCAGACAGUCAACGUUAGAUUACAGCCAGUGAAGAAGAUCAGCACCGGGUCAGCUACAGCCCCUCUACGGAAGCUUAAGUUUGUGGAGAGCCCUCGCAUACCUGAGCUUGACCUUGGCUCCCCUACACACACCGCUUCUGCAGCACAGAACCCCAUCCUGGACAGACACUCACCCGGGGAAGUAGGUGAGGAGCUCGGCCCCCCUCCUUCAGUGGAUGAGGCUGCCAACACGUUGAUGACUCGCCUUGGCUUCCUGCUCGGAGACAAAAUGAGCGAGGGCCCUCCGGAGCUGCACUACAGCAUGGAGGAGGCCGAGGACACGCAGGGUGUGGGGGUGAGCGGCAGGAUGAGUCCAUGCUCCACUCUGACCAGCAGCACAGCAUCCCCUCCAGCCUGUAGCCCCUGCUCCACUCUGCCUGCUGGAGCUCCAGGGCAGGCGGUCAGCAGCCCCACCUCCACGCUGGAAAGCAGAGACAGUGGCAUCAUCGCCACCCUGACGAGUUACUCAGAGCCUGCAGAUCGCAGUGCCAAGCAUGGAGAGGGCACUCGCGCCAGCAGCCUCAAACUAUGGCAUUCGCAGCGCGCCACGCUUGACUCUGGCCUCUACCGCCUUGACGAAAACAUGGCUGCCUCCACCCACAGCCUCAACAAGAUUCCUGAGCCCGGCUCCACCCUCCACUCCUCUCACCCCACCCCCCUGUACCUCAUGCCCCGCCCUAACUCUGUGGCAGCCACCAGUUCAGCUCAUCUGGAGGACCUGGCCUAUCUGGAUGAACAGAGACACGCUCCGCUCCGGACUUCACUGCGCAUGGCUCGCCAAAACAACAUGGCCACUGGACGAUCUGGCCAGGAUCUGAGAGUGCGCUUUGCUCCAUACAGGCUGCAGGACAUAGCGCUGAAGCCGUUGCUCUUCGAGGUUCCCAGCAUCACGGUAGACUCUGUGUUCACGGGGCGUGAGUGGCUUUUCCAAGAAAUCGAUGCUCAGAUAAGCAGCACCAACCGCGCUACUAACCGGGGUGUGGUGCUGGUCGGCAACAUCGGCUUUGGCAAGACGGCCAUAAUCUCCCGUCUGGUGGCUCUCAGCUGCCACGGAAACCGCAUGAGGCAAAUAGCCUCUGACAGCCCGCAGGCUUCACCCAAACAUGGAGACGGACUUCCUCUUACACAGCCUCAGCCCUCCCAUGGAACGCUGGGAGGUGGCAGCUGCCCAGGAACUCCGGAGAUGAGAAGGAGACAGGAGGAGGCUAUGAGGAGACUCGCGUCUCAGGUGGUAGCGUAUCACUACUGCCAGGCUGACAAUGCCUACACUUGCCUGGUGCCCGAGUUCGUGCACAACGUGGCAGCUCUGCUGUGCCGUUCCCCACAACUUAACACCUACAGAGAGCUGCUACUGAGGGAACCACACAUUCAGAGCACGCUCAGUCUGCGCUCCUGUGUCCAGGAUCCACUCAGUGCUUUCACACGAGGAGUCCUCGAGCCGCUGGACGCACUGUAUAAAGAGAGGAAGAUGACCGUCGAUGAAGAUUUCAUCAUUCUUAUAGAUGGGCUUAAUGAAGCUGAGUUCCACAAGCCUGAUUACGGAGACACUAUUGUCUCUUUCCUUUGUAAGACCAUCGACAGGUUUCCAGCCUGGCUCAAGCUAGUGGUGACCGUUCGAACCACACUGCAGGACAUCACAAAACCCUUGCCCUUCCACCGGAUCUCUCUGGAUGCGCUGGAGGAGAACGAUGCUAUCGACCGGGAUUUGCAGGCCUACGUAUUGCAGCGUGUGCAUGGCAGUGCUGAAAUCCAGAGCAACAUCUCGCUCAACGGUAAAAUGGACGGCGCCGGAUUUGCCAAACUCAGCUCACACCUUAAGGCUCUCAGCCGCGGCUCAUUCCUCUACCUGAAGCUGACCUUUGACCUGAUCGAGCGUGGCUACCUAGUGUUGAAGAGCUCCGGCUACAAGGUGGUGCCUGUGAGCCUGGCUGAAGUUUACCUGCUGCAGCUGAAUAUGCGCUUUCCCACGCAGUCGUCGUUCGAGCGAGCACUGCCCCUGCUCAAUGUGGCACUGGCGUCACUGCAUCCACUCACCGACGAACAGAUCUACCAAGCGGUCAAUGCCGGCUCCCUCAGGGCCACGCUCGACUGGGAUGAUUUCCGCCAGAGGAUGGAGCAGCUGGGUGUCUUUUUGGUGAAGAGGCGUGAUGGUACACGUAUGUUCGUGCACCCAUCUUUCCGUGAGUGGCUUAUCUGGAGGGAGGAAGGAGAGAAGACCAAGUUCCUGUGUGAUCCCAGGAAUGGACAUACGCUGCUGGCCUUCUGGUUCUCCAGACAGACAAACAAACUCAACAGACAGCAGACUAUAGAACUAGGACAUCAUAUACUCAAAGCACAUAUAUUUAAGGGCCUGAGUAAGAAAGUUGGGGUCUCCUCAUCCAUUUUGCAGGGGCUGUGGGUGUCUUACAGCACUGAGAGUUUAUCCACUGCUUUAUCGUCUCUGAGAAACCUGUACACUCCUAACAUUAAGGUGUCCCGUCUGCUGAUGAUGGGAGGGGCAAACGUUAAUUACCGGACAGAGGUGUUGAACAACGCACCAGUGCUGUGUGUGCACGCUCACUUGGGCUACAUGGACAUGGUGAACCUGCUGCUGGAGUUUGGAGCUAACGUGGACUCGGCAUCUGAGAGCGGCAUGGCGGCACUGAGCUACGCUGCCACUGCUGGUCACCUGAACAUCGUCACUGCCCUCUGCAAGAGAAGGGCUAAGCUUGACCAGCUGGACAGGAAUGGCCAGUGCGCUCUGGUCCACGCGGCUCUAAGGGGCCACAUGGAGGUGGUGAAGUUCCUGCUGCACAGUGACUGGGGAGGUGAAGGGGCAAAGCUCCACACUCCAUCUCCUACUAAAUCCUGUGACUCCACACAGCUGUCCAGCCCAGAGCAGCAGGAGAAAGAGCAGGAGCAAGAGGCUGAGGAGACUCCACAGGAGAAGGAGCAAGAGCCAGAGCUUCCUGCUGAGCAGCAGGAGACCAAGGAGGAUUCGGAGAAAAAACGUCAGGAAGCUCAGCCUCAGCAGCAGCAUGAAGCCUUCAGGAAGAGUCACGCGAUACAGCAGGCUCUGGUAGCAGCAGCUAGUAUGGGACAUAUGGAGAUUGUUUCGUACCUGAUGGAGCUUCCUGAAAACGAAAAAGAGGCUACAGUAUACGCUCAGAUGAACAACUAUGACACAUUAUGGGGGGAAACAGCACUGACCGCAGCAGCAGGGCGGGGAAAGCUAGAUAUUUGCCGGAUGCUGCUGGACCAGGGCUCUGAAGUCACUCAGCCGAACCGUAGAGGGGUCGUGCCUCUCUUCAGCUCUGUAAGCCAAGGACACUGGCAGAUUGUGGACUUGUUGCUAACUCAUGGAGCGGACGUAAACAUAGUAGAUAAACAGGGACGGACUCCUCUGAUGAUGGCUGCAUCCGAGGGCCAUGUAGAAACGGUGGAGUACUUGCUGGCUCAAGGUGCAUCCAUGCCCAUUACAGAUAAAGAAGGUCUUACCGCACUGAGCUGGGCGUGUCUAAAGGGACACUUGCCAGUGGUUCGCUUACUGGUGGAAAGAGGUGCGGCCACCGAUCACGCGGAUAAGAACGGGCGCACCCCCCUUGACCUGGCUGCCUUUUAUGGAGACGCAGAUGUUGUGCAGUUUCUUGUUGAUCAGGGUGCUUUGAUUGAGCACGUGGACUAUAGCGGGAUGCGCCCGCUAGACCGGGCCGUGGGCUGCCGCAACACAUCAGUGGUCAUGGCUCUCCUGAAGAAAGGAGCUAAGAUCGGAUGUCAGACCUUGCCAAGUCGGCACAAAGGAGGUCCAGCUACAUGGGCAAUGGCAACCUCGAAACCAGACAUCAUGAUGAUCCUGCUGAGAAAACUGAUAGAGGAAGGGGACGGCUUCUAUAAGAAAGGCAAAGUGAAGGAGGCAGCACAACGUUAUCAGUAUGCUUUGAAGAAGUUUCCUCGCGAAGGAUUCAGUGAAGACCUGAAGGCUUUUCGAGAGCUCAAAGUCUCUCUGUUUCUCAACUUGUCUCGCUGCCGCAGGAAAAUGAAUGAUUUUGGAAUGGCAGAAGAGUUUGCUACCAAAGCUCUAGAGCUGAAACCCAAAUCCUAUGAGGCAUACUACGCUAGAGCCCGAGCUAAACGCAGCAGCAGGCAGUUUUCUGAGGCUCUAGAGGACCUCAGGGAAGCCAUAAAGCUGUGUCCUAACAAUCGUGAGAUUGUGCGCCUAUUGCAGCGUGUGGAGGAAGAAUGCAGGCGAGUCACCCAAACAGAGGAGCCUGAGCUUGAGCCACCACCAUCCCCACCCCCAUCCCCUUUACCUGUGGAGGAAGAAGAGGAGCCACCUCACCAUACUCCACCCCCAGAACCCCGACUGGAUGACAUGGAACCUGUGCAAGAUCUAUUUGAGGAUGAUGACUUUCUGGAACAGGAGCUGGAGGGCAUGUCCAUUGGCCUUCCUCCUGAACGCAUCAAUCCAUCCGGCCUCCAGAUUAUCCAUAGCCCGCCUCUCUCUCCUGUCACUCUAUCAGGAGGCCAAGCCUUCGAGUUCCACCCAAGCCCCUCUUCACUGUCAUCUCCAACUCGCCAAAGCUACCAAUCAACCUCACCUUGUGUCUCUCCCACACACCAGAAUUCCCAUUACCGACAUAGUCCUCCACACACUUCUCCUGCCCAUCAAGCUUCUUACCGCUUCAGCCCUCCACCUAUGGGUAGUGGAAGUCAGGGGAUGGAUUACCAGAGUCCCCCACCUUCCCCUCUUCGUCGCACAGCACCAUACAGAGCCAGCCCCCCCUUGGAGAGCGUGUGUCUCUACCGUUCCCAGUCAGGGUCUCCUGUCCGCUACCAGCAGGAGCCUUUGCCCAGCCGCCCCAAAUCACCCCUAUCUAAGAUGAGCAGUCAACGCUCCUUUCAGCUUCAGUCACAGCCAUCCCAGUGCUCCCAGUCCUCUCAACACCACCAGGCCCAGGGCCUCCGACUGCAGCCUUCAGUGGCCCAGAUUGUACGCACCAACCAGCCUGGCGGUGGCAUCUAUGGCCAAUUGGCCCACCCACUCAGCAGGUACCAGGGUAGCUCCAUGGACAUAGACCGGGAAAGAGAGCGGGAGGCCCGGCUGGUGUACCAGCCCUCCUUGGAUGGAAGGUCCAUGUCUCAGGUACAGUCUAGUCUGAGUGUGGGUGCUCUGUGCCAGCACGGAGGGCGAGGUGGGCCUGGAGGAGUACUCGAACCUGGAGUGGGGAAAGAUGAAGUGCCUCAACGCCCUGCCUCAGCUUACCGCUCUGCAACCGGAGGUCCGGGAGGAAUGCGCUUUAGCCAGACACCUCAAAUAAGCCGCAGCCAGUCUGCAGCAUACUACCCUGUCUCUAAGCAUGAGCUGGAGAGAGCUGCAGCAGCAUCCUCCAUGUCCCCAUGCCAACUAGGCUCACCUGAGAUCCCACACCUGGUGCGUCGGCCCAUCAGUGCAAACACGGGCGAUCUGAAACCACACAUGUCCACCCCUAGACCCCUGAUCCACUCUCAGAGUGUGGGUCUGCGCUUCUCCCCCUCCAGCAGCAAUAUCUCCUCAGGCUCUGGUCCUAAUUUAGCCUCUGGCUUCAGGCCUUCCUCCUCCAUGGCCCAGAUGGAGAUCCCCCUACAGGUGGCGUACGAACGCAGCUUCGAUGAGCCAUCCUCACUCUCGCCCUCACAAAGCGGCCUGUACCCCAGCGAGCCGGCCCGUUCCCGGACAACGCCCUUCAUGGGCGUCAUUGACAAGACAGCACGGACUCAGCAGCAGUACUUGCACCAGCCUUCUCGCGCAUGGCCAGUCACAUCUCUGGACAAUGUCAUCACCAGCCCAACAUCCCCAGGAAACCUGAUUCACCAGGCAUCUACAGCCUCCUCCUACAGCCCACCCACCUCAUUAGGUAACAUUGCCUACUACAACAAGACCAACAAUGCCCAAAAUGGGCAUAUGCUGGAGGAUGAGUACUAUAGCCAGCCACAGCCCUCAUCCCUGGGCAAGCUGGCAAAUGGAGGGGCCCGUGACAGGGACCUCCUGGAGCGGGUCAGUCAGGUGCCCACAUACCAGGAUGUGAAGGUGGCACGGACAAUGCCCGUGGCACAGGCGUACCAAGAAAACAUGUACCGCCAGCUCUCUCGUGAUGCCAGGCAAGGCCCCACCUCACCCAUUAAACCAAAGAGACCCUUUGUGGAAUCAAAUGUGUAACAAGGCCAUUAGAGUGUAACGGACGUGUGAUCAGGAGUGAGUGUGUGUUUCAAUGUAGUGGUGGUCCAGUGUGUUCAAAAAUUACUAGAAAAUAUGUCAUUUUUUGAAACUCUACUAACCCAGGGAGGGUGAUGGUGAUAUAUUGCAACUUCAUGAAAGAAAUUGCUAAUGCCUUGAUCUGUGCCUGCUUCUGGUAUACUUGAGGCAUAAGCUUUAGCGCUAGAGCAAAAGACUCCAGACACUCGGACUUACAAUUCUAUGAAUACAAUACUACUGAAUGUUCUUUAAAGCUCUGCACAUUAUGUGAAAGCACAUUUCCGAACCUUCCCUGAAUUGAAGCAACAAACAUGCGUACACACACACACAUACAGCUUGAGGGACAGUGUGUGUCUUGCAGUUAUUAUCCCAUGAGUGUGAGUGAGCAUCGUGAACAAGAACGUGUGAGUCAUGGACUGUAAUGCUUAAAUCAUUUCCUCUCUUCAGUAGACAAUUCCAAACAGGACUGCUAGGCCUUCCAGAGUAUAUUAAUGUUGGAUUAUUUAAUUCUGUUUAAUAAUAAUUAAAAAAAAGCUGUAGUUACAGAAGGAACACAAAGGAAUAUUUAUACCUGAGUUCGAUAAUGUACAAAUCAAAGCAUAAACCUAGUUUCUGUGUUGGUUUCAUUUUGAGUUAUCUUUAUUUUUGUAUCUUUUGUUUUUGUUUGUUUGGCAGGAGUUAUGGUACAUAAUAUUUUCAAAAAUGUAGAUUCAGAGUUUAUGGAUUUAGAGUGAGGGAAAUGUACAAACUUUCAGAACACUUUUCAAAAGCUUACCCGGGUUAUAAUCCCAGGUCGAUUUUUACAUGAAUCACAAGGAAUGACUGGACAAAAAAAAAAAAAACAGAACUAGAAACACAGAAGUGACCAUGAGUUCAUUUUGUUUUUAUAGCCAUCACUGAAAGGCAUUUACGUUAAAUCUGAUCUCAGUGUCCUUAAAGUUUGUACCUGCUCUCCUCAACAUAUAAAAAGAUGUUUCAGGGCUUGUUGAAUAAGUGAUAGUUCUUUUUUUCCUUUUAAAACAGUAACAGUAUUGUUCUAAAAUAUGAAAAGCAUUAGUAUAUUUAGCUAUAGUAUAUUUGUUUUAACCUUUCAGUGACAUAUUAGUUUUGUUUUGUUGCACUGUAUGCCCAUGAAAGCUCUGAAGAAAAAAAUAGCACUUUAUAUAAUUUCAUUCCGAUGAUGGAAAAUCCUACAGUAGGCAUGGGGAAUGGAUUGGAAUGACUAAGAAACAUACAGUAAACACUGGAAUAUUAUUUGUGAAUUAAUCGUCCUACUAGAAAAUCGAAAUAGCAGUCAAUGUUUUUGGUGCAAUCUUUUCUUUUUCUUUUACAAAGCUAAAAGAAUAAGCAGUAAAAAGAGUGAAACUAUGUUUUUAAAAAAGCUAUGAAAAACAUGUAUAUAAUAGCCUUUAUAGAGCGCACUGUAUGUGCUGUAUAUACUGGCCAGAUGUGUUUAUGCGUAAGCGAGUCAUAACUAUUUCUCUAUAGCUAAUUCUUCACUGUUGCAGGGUUAUGGCUAACAGCUAAGAGACGAACGAAUAACGGUAUCCGGGACGUAGCGGUGAAUAAUCGAAGCAAGCGGGUCUCCAAGGUUCGGUAGCAUCCUGAAACACUUCCAGAAGAUUUUUACUGUUGAGCUCUAAGAAAUGUUUAAGAAGUGUUUUUCGGAAAAGUCAUAAAAUGUGCUAGAAUGCAAUAUAGCUAACAUGCGGUGUUCAAACUGUCUUCGGGUCACAUCGGACUCGGACAGCUGCUGUUUAGAAGUAAGCCCUUACAUUUUUAAGUAUUCACGCCAAUUCAGCCCUUCUCAUGCAGGACUCCAGAAGUUAGAAUUAUUCAUCAGAUUAAAAGGAACAAGGGACUACACCGUUUCUUUUCUCAGUGGAGAUUAUUUUGCUGUAAAUACAGAUGCAUGGUCUAUCCUCAGCCACCCCUGAGCUCAUGUGCACACGCUGAAGUGUACUUGAUGUAUAUCUCAAAUGAAGCUGGUGCCCAAAUAAUUCAUAGCAACCUCUCAUUUUUCCAGUCGUUAAUUAGGAAACACACUACUGACCUCUUAUGAGUUGAACUGGGCUUUUUUUCUUUUCUUUUCCUUUCUUUUUUUUGGAAUUUGCAUUUGAGUUCAUAUUACUGUACUUGCUUGCUGCGCUGAGUUCUCUUGUCUGUAAAUGUGAGCUUUCAGAGCGCUGUGACAAAGUUCUAUGACUACAAUAAAAACAGAAUGUGUUUUUAUCAUA